AUGGACGGAAUCAAGAAUGCAUUUGCCAGAGCCAAGCAGGAGAAGCGCGCCGCUCUGGUCGCCUACUUCACUGCAGGAUAUCCCACUGUUGAGGAGACCGUAGAUGUUCUGAUGGGCUUGGAAAAUGGUGGUGCUGACAUUAUCGAAAUGGGUGUCCCUUUCACCGACCCUAUCGCAGAUGGACCUACUAUCCAGAAGGCCAACACCCAGGCUUUGGCCAAUGGUGUGACAAUCCCCCUUGUCCUGGACCAGGUCCGAACCGCCAGAAGCCGCGGUCUGAGAGCACCCGUUCUUCUGAUGGGCUACUACAACCCUCUGAUGCAGUAUGGUGAGGAGCUCAUGCUCCAACACUGCAAGGACGCCGGUGUCAAUGGUUUCAUCAUGGUUGAUCUGCCCCCGGAGGAGGCUGUUCGCUUCAGAGAUCUUUGCGCCAGCGCCGGUCUCUCUUACGUCCCCCUCAUCGCCCCCGCCACCUCCGAGUCACGCAUGAAGCUUCUCUGCAAGAUCGCCGAUUCCUUUAUCUACGUCGUUUCCAGAAUGGGUGUCACCGGUGCUACCGGAAAGCUCAGCUCGAACUUGCCCGAUCUCUUGUCUCGCGUUCACACCUGGUCCGGAAACGUGCCUACGGCGCUGGGAUUCGGUGUUAGCACCCGCGAGCACUUCCUGUCCGUGCAGAACAUUUCCGAGGGUGUCGUUAUUGGUAGCCAGAUCAUCACCGUCUUGGGUGACGCCCCUGCCGGUCAGGCGGCUAAGCAUGCCCAGGACUACCUCUCCAGCGUGACCGGUCGUCGCCUUGAGAGAGAUGCUCAGGGCAAGGUGACUGGCUCCGUCAACGUGCUUGACCCCGUCCUGAAGGAGGCCCCCCCUGCCCUCUCUCAGCCCACCGAUGUCAUUACCAACGACGACACCCCGGCUGGUCCGGGCCUGGUCGACCAGAUUGAAGCUCUGAACGGCUCUGGUGACCCUGCUCUCAUUCCCUCCCGUUUCGGUGAGUUCGGUGGCCAGUACGUGCCCGAGUCCCUCAUGGACUGCUUGGCCGAACUCGAGCGUGGUUUCGAUCAGGCGCGCAACGACCCUAAGUUCUGGGAGGAAUACCGCUCCUACUACCCCUACAUGGGCCGCCCCAGCAGCCUCCAUCUCGCUGACCGCUUGACGGAGCAUGUCGGUGGUGCCAACAUCUGGUUGAAGCGUGAGGAUCUUAACCACACCGGAAGUCACAAGAUCAACAAUGCUCUCGGUCAGAUCCUGCUUGCCCGCCGUCUGGGCAAGAAGAGAAUUAUUGCCGAGACUGGUGCUGGCCAGCACGGUGUCGCCACGGCCACCGUCUGUGCCAAGUUCGGUAUGGAGUGUGUCGUGUACAUGGGUGCCGAGGAUGUCCGUCGUCAGGCCCUCAACGUCUUCCGUAUGAGACUUCUGGGUGCUUCCGUCGUUGCCGUCGACGCCGGCAGCCGCACUCUUCGUGAUGCUGUCAACGAGGCUCUCCGCGCCUGGGUUGUCCACCUCGACACCACCCACUACAUCAUCGGUUCCGCCAUCGGCCCUCACCCCUUCCCGACCAUCGUGCGUACCUUCCAGUCUGUCAUCGGUGAUGAAACCAAGGAACAGAUGAAGGCUCUCAUCGGCAAGCUGCCCGAUGCUGUCGUCGCCUGCGUUGGUGGUGGCAGUAACGCCGUGGGUAUGUUCUACCCCUUCUCGAACGACCCUAGCGUCAAGCUCCUGGGUGUCGAAGCCGGUGGUGACGGUGUCGACACCGACCGCCACUCCGCCACCCUCUCCGGCGGCAGCAAGGGUGUCUUCCACGGUGUCCGCACCUACGUCCUCCAGGACAAGCACGGUCAGAUCUCCGAAACCCACUCCAUCUCCGCCGGUCUUGACUACCCCGGUGUCGGCCCCGAGCUCUCCAACUGGAAGGACAGCGACCGCGCCAAAUUCAUUGCCGCCACCGACGCCGAAGCCCUCACUGGCUUCCGUGCCCUCGCUCAAACCGAGGGUAUCAUCCCCGCUCUGGAGUCCUCCCACGCCGUCUUCGGCGCCAUGGAGCUCGCUAAGUCCAUGAAGACGGGCGACAUCGUCCUCAACCUCAGUGGAAGAGGUGACAAGGAUGUCCAGAGCGUGGCUGAUGAGCUGCCUCGUCUGGGUCCUAAGAUCGGCUGGGACCUGCGCUUCUAA